AUGGGUUGCCGAAGCCCCUGCCUGGCCUUGGUGGUGUGUUUAAUCUUGGGGCCCGUCCCUUCCUGGCUGUGCCUGCAGUGUGAACCGAAUUUCGCCCUCCACUUCGCUUCCUAUGCCCCCUUCUUGAGCCGCAAGUCUUGGGGUCUUGGGGACGUGCCCGCCGCUGGUCGGAUGCUGCGGGGAUGGGCCCAAAACACGCUGGAAGACUUACACCUGGGGGUCCCGCCAGAGAUCACCAUGGUGAAACUGGAACUCAUAGCAAGCACAGUUUACGGAAAACUGGACACCUUGUUCAAACGCAACACCUACAAGCCAGGUGUUCUUCCAGAAAUCAUGCGUUCCAUUUACAAGGAGCAAAUCAAAAUGUUACGGAAUGCCAUUAUUGAAAGCAGAGUAAAGUGUGAACGUCAUUGUGGAAUAAAUCGCUAUGACGCCAUCUCCUGUGUGACGUGCCUCCAGACCAAGCCAACGUGCUUUGGCUAUAAUUGCGAGUCCUCUGAGCAAUGGGAAGAAGCCCUGAAGGGACUCUAUGAGCACAUAAACAGUUUGAACUCGGAUCCGAAUGAGUGGGUGAUGGCCCUGAGGCAGCUCCCUGGAUUUAGCCAUUGCACAUCCACAAGCCCAGAAAGUCUGAACUUUACAAGUAUAAAGCACACCUUAUCAAAAAACUGGCUCAAUGUUAUGGCCUUGAAGGAACUGCAGGAAGAUAUACCAAUUAUUCAGUUGCUGGCUCCUAUAUGCUGA